CGCGGGGGCAGUGGCGGCGCGGGGCAGCGGAGCGGUGGCCGCGCCAUGUGGUUGCUGGGGCCGCUGUGCCUGCUGCUGAGUGGCGCGGCGGAGAGCCAGCUGCUCCCUGGGAACAAUGACACCACCGAGUGCAACAUUCCAGGCAACUUCAAGUGCACCAACGGGCGGUGCAUCCCAGGUGCCUGGCAAUGUGAUGGGCUGCCUGACUGCUUUGACAAGAGCGACGAGAAGGAAUGCCCCAAAGCUAAAUCGAAAUGUGGUCCUACCUUCUUCCCCUGCGCUAGCGGAAUCCACUGCAUCAUCGGCCGCUUCCAGUGCAAUGGGUUCGAGGACUGUCCAGAUGGCAGCGACGAGGAGAACUGCACUGCGAACCCCUUGCUCUGCUCCACCGCCCGCUACCACUGCAGAAACGGCCUGUGCAUUGACAAGAGUUUCAUCUGUGACGGGCAGAAUAACUGUCAAGACAACAGCGAUGAGGAGAGCUGUGAAAGUUCUCAAGAACCAGGCAGCGGGCAGGUGUUUGUGACCUCGGAGAACCAGCUUGUCUACUACCCCAGUAUCACCUACGCCAUCAUCGGCAGCUCUGUCAUCUUCGUGCUGGUGGUGGCCUUGCUGGCACUGGUCCUGCACCAUCAGCGGAAGCGGAACAACCUCAUGACGCUGCCCGUGCACCGGCUGCAGCACCCCGUGCUGCUCUCGCGCCUGGUGGUCCUGGACCAUCCCCACCACUGCAGCGUCACCUACAAUGUCAACAAUGGUGUCCAGUAUGUGGCCAGCCAGGCUGAACAGAAUGCCUCGGAAGUGGGGUCCCCACCCUCGUAUUCAGAGGCCCUGCUGGACCAAAGACCUGCGUGGUACGAUCUGCCUCCACCGCCCUACACUUCCGACACCGAGUCUCUGAACCAAGCCGAACUGCCCCCUUACCGUUCCCGGUCAGGGAGUGUGGACAGCGCCAGCUCCCAGGCCGCCAGCAGCCUCCUGAGUAUGGAAGAUGCCAGCCACAGCCCAGGGCAACCUGAACCUUCAGAAGACACUGCUGGGCAUAGGGACUCUGCCCACAGCCAGGGUACAGAAGAAGUGUAUGCCCCCAGCCAGGGCACAGAAGAAGUGUAAAAUCCAGCAAUUCCAAAGUCCAUAUGGGUUUAAUCUGCUCCUACUUACUGCGUUCUAACAACUGUGCUCAUGUGAGGCUCUGGGAGAGCUCCUUCACGGGUAUCUCAAGUUGAAGUUUAGGGUAUCAUCUGCCUCUCCCUCCCCCCCCCCACCUCCUCCAGAUGUUGGGGGUGGUCUUUGGAAGGCGGUCGGUCUGGCGUUUUUCAGGCCUCUGAGUUGGCGUGAUGCAUCAUCAUCUCUUCUGUGAGGUCAGUUCCACCAGCACCCACGAUCACAAGCCUAUGUUUCAUGUCACUGCGCUAUUGUAAGCACACAGCAAGUAGUCUUCCAGAAAGCAGUUUCGGGGUGUGCUGCAUGGCCAGGAGGUCGGGAGAAAUUUCAGCGGAGACUGCUAGGCUGUUACCUCGUGGGGAUUUGGGCUGGAGUUCCUACGAAGAGGACAUCAUUGGAUGGCCACUCUGGAAAGCAUCCAGGUAGACAUCAGAACCUGUCGGCAUGCUCCUGUGUGUUCGUACUUCUGUACAGGCCAAAGCAAACUUCCAACAUGAGCAAGCCCCUUUGGCUCUCAGCAUUGUCAUGGUAGCUUUGUGAAGGACUCAGGGUUUGGGCUGCUUUUAGAAAUGUGCCUGCGAAUCCUUGUUUUCAGAGCUUUCUCUGAAGCGUAGCUCCUCAGCUUAGUCCUAGAGCAGGCACGGAAGCCCUGCCAGGAGCUCCUUCCUCCUAACUUGCCGAUGGCCAGAGCCUGUAUCUGCCAUGGCCCCACAGUCCCUUCCCUGGCUUCCGGAUUGUCACCCACCUAGCCGACCUCAUGUAGCCAAGGAAUGAGGAUCCAAUUUAAAUCGACCAAUGUUCUCAUCUGGCCUUGGUCCCAGUAAGCCAUGCCCAGCCUGUCUUGCUCCUCCCUGCAACUUCAGUUCUAGGCUCCAGAAUUUCCUGAAUGCUUAGGACAUUUUACCUUGUAUUUUGGACUUAAGGACACUGGUGUCUAACCUGUGUGAGCACCACAUCCAGUCCCUCCUACCAGAGCUUCCAGGCCCCUAUCCUCACAUGCUGUCCUUCCCACAACCCCGGGACCCGAGCACUAAGCUGGUGGUAGGGUUCUAGUUGGGGUCAGGCCUCUCGGAACAUCCUGGUAGGGUUUCUCCUCUGAGAGACGUGGACAACUGAUAAUUUGGAGUCAAGAUUUUUCCAUUUGGAUUUUUCAAAAGCUCUUAGAAAUGCAUUUGAAACAGUGUGUUUGUUUGUUUUCCCUUCUAGUUAAGGGACUAUUUAUAUGUGUAUAGGAAAGCUAUCUCUUUUAUUUUUCUUUUAGUAAGAUCCAAAGAAAGAUACAAAAGGAAAUCGCGCCUUUCCCCAGCCCAGCACCUUAAUGUCGUUCCAGACUAAGCCGUGUGCCUGGCAUACACUUCGAGGUUAUUUAUCGUGUUCUUGAAGGGCACAGAGAGGAACGCACCCUUCACCCACGUCUCCAUGUUUAUGCUACUUUCGUCUUUCUCAGUGCCCAGCCUGCCACAGGGAACAUGCCCCCGGGGCAAUAAUGGGUGAAAUCUUGGUGUUAUUUGGCAAAGAACCACUCUGACCAGGGACAAAACUGGAACUAGGUGGAGCCACUCGAGGCAGCUGCCACCCAUUCCCAGCUUCUUCCCACAGCUGAAGAAAUGUUCAGGACCCCUUUGGGUGCUAAUUAAAGCAGAGCUCGUGGGAAGGGGAUGAAGAGGCCUUCCGUGACCCUGUUCUGUACACUUUCCUUUUUUAACCAAACCCAAAGGAUACUACAGGGAAGUUAGCCUCUUGGAGUCUUUUUGGUUUGUUUUUGUUUUGAAUAGAGGAGCCUAGUUGCUUGUGUCUUUUAUUUUUGAAGCAGCCCUUGAGUUAUUUUUGAGUAAUCCAGAGAGGAAAGAACUUGGACGGCAGACGGCGUGCGUCUGGCCGCACAUCUCCCUGUGAGUCAGCGUGGCUUUUUCUUCCCUUUGAUGGGCUCCUGCUUCUGUCUGGUGCUCAAAAAGUUGUUUGGAGGGAAAGAUUCUAAUUUUAAUUAAUUGUGCAGUGAGGUAAUUCACAGCUCUUUUUCUGCUGCCAGGCAUCUUGGGAAAAAAACAAAUGGUUUUAGUAGAUAAGGGGAGCCUAUUAAUGUUGUUUUUGUCAGACAAACACAGGGACAUUUUUACUAUAGACUUGAUUUUUAAUGGAUUUUUUUAAACUAGUUAAUAGGGGAGCACAGCUGCAGGACUCGGGGAUUUUCCCUCACUCAAGUUAUCAAACGAGUGGCCAGCAAUAUUUUUUAACUCAUUCUAGCCAGGAUUUUUUUAAAGUGUAUUGCCUACACCAACCAGAAAGUGUCUCUGACCUCCUUUCCCAAAUGAGAUUGGUGUUUUAUUUUAGCAUUAUGAUACUUUCACUGUGGUUAAUAGCUUAUUGCCCAACUCAGUUCUCCCUACGUUGUAAUUGACUUUUUUUUAAAGUGCAACUAAGUGGUUAAUAAUGUGUGCUAUUCAAAGUUAAUGUAAACUGGAAAGGUUUUGUGUGCUUGCUUUUGUUGUUUGUUUGUUUUUGUUUUUGAUUAGGCUUUUUUAAUUUUUAUACUUUCCAAUAAACUUGCAUUUUCAUUCUU